UUCGGUAUGUCACGCGUCGCUGGAUCACACGACAGGGCGCUGAGCUCGGAGCACAGGCCGAUUUUGUGGAGCGUGUACGUAGGGAUGCUCCUGUUGACACUGAGCUUCGGCGGUUCGCAGCCAGCACACAGAGAGGCACUAGAGAGAACCGCCGUGAUGUUACAUCGCCCCCUAUCGAGCCUUCUAUACCGCCGCAUCGACUACCAGUCAUACCUGACGCGCCGAUAGAUCCGACUACACUGCGACAUCGACGGCGAGAGCGGCGUCACCCCCCUGCACCACCUCAGCGUCCGACCGAUCCUAUGCCUCCCCCAGUGGUUUUUCAUCCUUUCAGAGGGCAUUACUAUUACGCGGGGUCCAGCUCUGCACCGCCACCCUUUUCAUCGGGUCCUCCUUCUUCAUCUGGCCAGUUUUACGGGGAUUCGGCACAUCACUAUUUUCAGGGGUCGUGUUCAUAUCCAGUGCCACCAGGGCCUUCUUCGCCUUUUGUUCCACCGCCGCCUGCUUAUGUACCACCUACGGUGCCUCCUUUUCAGGUGCAGUGGGAUCAGCCUACACAGGGUACACAGGACUUUCCAGCUUCACAUGGACUUCCAGAGACACCUGGGACUACAAACUUUCUGUCAUACGGUAGCAGUUGGUUAGGUCUAGACAGCAUGGAGGCGAUGAUGUUCCGCCAACAAGAAGAAUUUGUUACCCCGCCACCAGCAACGACGAGUACGGCCAUUCCCCAGGACCUGCAGGGUGACGACGGAGCCGACGACGAGGAAGCCGAUGCAGGAGAGGGAGAUGGUGAUGGUCGCCCAGGUCGACGUUACCUAACCAUCAGUACAGGCCGUCGGGCGAACCGUAACAGAAACAACUUGCGCUCGAACCUCCCGGUCACUAGCAGAUAUGACGAUAGGACUCCUAGGUGAUUUCUUUUUUGUACUUUGUACAUUAUUAUCUGAUGUAGUAAUCUUUUUUAAUUUGUAAUUUUUAGUUUAUUAAA